CUUCCUUCGUUCCUCAUUUUAAGCCAAUGAAAUUCGUUCUUUUAUUUUAAGUCUGACGUAAAAGUUUUACUAAACAUACUUGGGUGUUGUCUGGCUUGAUGAUUGUAACAACGCUAUCGUAAUGAUCAAACAGUUUUAAUAAAUGAUUUUCUGACUGUUACGUUACGUUCUUAUUAGAAGCAUAAAUUAAAUAGCUAUGAAAUUAUGAUGAGUGGUAUCGUGUAUUAUUUCUUUGUGUUGCUUUGCUAUAGCAUUACGGAAUCUGAUGCAGACUCAAUAAGAUACUAUUACGAUUACGAAUGUAAUCAGCCCCUUGUUGCCAACGCUAAGUUGACUGCCACAUCGAGCCUAAGAGACAGGGGACCUGAGAAUGCUAAGUUAUAUGGUUUGAAUGCUUGGACGGCGUCGGAGAAUGACUUCGACCAGCAGCUGGUCAUUGACCUGGGUAGCGUAAAGAACAUCACGCGGGUGGCCACGCAGGGCCGCGCUCACUCCCAGGAGUAUGUCCAGGAGUAUCAUAUCAGCUAUGGUUCCAAUGGCCUCGAUUACGUUCAGUAUAAGGCGGCCGGAGGCGAAGUCAAGAUGUUCGAAGGUAACCAUGACGGGAAUACUGUGGAGAAAAAUGAAUUCGAAGUGCCUAUUAUAGCGCAGUACAUUCGGAUCAACCCGAUGAGAUGGCGCGACAAGAUUUCCAUGAGAGUGGAGGUUUAUGGAUGCGAUUAUGUUGCCGAUACCCUCUACUUCAAUGGAACCUCCAUGGUGAAAAUGGAUUUGCUGCGCGACCCUAUAUCGGCUUCCCGCGAAGUGAUCCGCUUCAGGUUCAAGACCAGUACAGCAUCAGGAGCGCUCAUGUACUCCAGAGGGACACAAGGAGACUAUCUUGCACUACAGCUCAGGGAUAAUAGACUUGUACUUAAUAUUGACUUAGGGUCUGGUACAGCAACGUCACUGUCGGUGGGCAGUUUGUUGGAUGACAACAUCUGGCAUGACGUUGUGGUCUCCCGCAACCGGCGCUCCGUCAUCUUUUCCGUCGACCGCGUCAUCGUACAGGAUCGCAUCAAGGGAGAGUUCUCCCGCCUCAAUCUAAAUAGAGCGUUCUACAUAGGAGGUGUACCAAACUUCCAAGAGGGAUUGGUUGUGAACCAGAACUUCACUGGAUGUAUAGAGAACAUGUACCUGAACGCCACCAACGUGAUACAGGACUUGAAGCUCGGUUACGAGUCUGGCGAGCCAUUCAAGUUUCAGAAAGUCAAUACACUUUAUGCUUGUCCUGAGCCGCCAGUAGUUCCCAUAACGUUCCUCAAGGAAGGUUCCUACGCCAAGCUGCGAGGUUACUCGGGCGGUAACACCCUCAACAUCUCCAUGGAGUUCCGCACAUAUGAACAGCACGGAUUACUCAUAUACCACAAGUUUAACACCGAGGGACAUGUUAAAGUAUACAUAGAAGAAGGAAGAGUGAAAGUAGAGUUAGAAACUCCCGGCUCUCCCCGAGUGAAGUUAGAUAAUUACGCAGAAGAGUUCAACGAUGGACGUUGGCAUUCACUGCUGUUAACAAUGGCUACUGAUAGCCUUAUACUAGCUGUGGACUAUAGACCUGUUAAAACGUUGAAGAAACUCAGAUUUAUGACUGGCAGCACUUAUUAUAUCGCAGGUGGGAAAGCUCCUCCGCGCGGCUUCAUUGGUUGUAUGCGUAAGAUAGCGGUAGACGGUAACUACCGACUGCCCACUGACUGGAAGAAAGAGGAGUACUGCUGCCCUAACGAAGUGGUGUUCGAUGCUUGUCAGAUGAUUGAUAGAUGCAACCCAAACCCGUGUGAGCACGGCGGAGUGUGCACUCAGACUGCGGACGAGUUCUCCUGCAACUGCCAGGGCACCGGGUACGCGGGGGCUGUCUGCCAUACCUCCAUCCACCCGCUAUCGUGCCAGGCGUACAAGAACGUGCAGGCAGUGUCUCGCUCGGCCGACAUACACAUCGACGUGGACGGCUCCGGACCUUUACCCGCUUUCCCCGUCACUUGCGAGUUUUACUCGGACGGUCGCAUCAUAACAGCGGUGCAGCAUUCGUCGUCCCAGAACACAGUGGUGGACGGGUACCAGGAGCCCGGCAGCUUCCGCCAGGACAUUAUCUACGACGCCUCCAUACCACAGCUCGAGGCACUGCUCAAUAGGUCGGAGAACUGCAUGCAGCAUCUCGAGUAUAUGUGCAAACAUUCGCGCCUGUUGAAUUCUCCUAGCGAGGAGUCGUCGUUCCACCCGUUCGCGUGGUGGGUGUCCCGGUCGGGGCAGCGCAUGGACUACUGGGCGGGCGCCACGGCCGGCUCGCGCAUGUGCCAGUGCGGCCUGCUGGGCGCCUGCCGCGACCCCACCAAGUGGUGCAACUGCGACGCAGAGCACGCCAAGCCCGACGAAUUCCAAGUGGAUGGCGGAGAAAUCACAGAGAAAGAGUUCCUACCAGUAAAACAACUUCGCUUCGGAGACACCGGAUCACAUCUCGAUGAGAAGGAGGGACGGUACACGCUCGGACCUCUGCUGUGUGAAGGAGACGAUUUGUUCAGUAACGCGGUAACAUUCCGUAUAUCUGACGCCAUCAUCACUCUGCCGAUGUUUGACCUCGGCCACAGUGGCGACAUCUAUUUUGAGUUCAAAACAACCAGGGAGAAUGCUGUACUCCUGCAUUCUAAGGGUCCUCAAGACUACAUAAAGUUGUCCAUCAUCGGCGGAGACCAGCUACAGUUCCAGUUCCAAGUGGGUGACACUCCAUUGGGUGUGUCAGUGGAGACCAGUAACCGAUUGGCUGAUAACAACUGGCAUUCUGUCAGUAUUGAGAGAAAUAGGAAGGAGGCGCGCGUGGUGGUGGACGGCGCGCUGAAGAACGAGAUCCGCACGGCGCGGGAGCCGGCGCGCGCGCUGCAGCUGAGCACGGGGCUGGUGCUGGGCGCCGCGCUCGACCGCUCGGGGGGGUUCGUCGGCUGCAUGCGCGCGCUGCUGCUCAACGGGAACCCCGUCGACCUGCGCUACUACGCACGCAGAGGUCUGUACGGAGUAUCAGAAGGCUGCAUGGGCAAGUGCGCUUCCUCUCCGUGCCUGAAUAACGGAACCUGUCUGGAGGGGUACGACUCCUACUCUUGCGACUGUCGCUGGACCGCCUUCAAGGGACCUAUCUGUGCUGACGAAAUUGGUGUGAACCUCCGUCCGAACUCUAUAAUAAAGUACGACUUCCUGGGCUCAUGGCGGUCCACCAUCGCUGAGAAAAUCCGCGUCGGCUUCACCACCACCAACCCGAAGGGAUUCCUACUUGGUUUCUAUUCCAACAUCUCUGGAGAAUACCUUACUCUACAAGUGUCUAAUUCAGGUCAUCUCCGCGUGGUAUUUGACUUCGGUUUCGAGCGGCAAGAGAUAAUAUUCCAGGGGAAACACUUCGCUCUGGGACAGUACCACGAUGUGCGACUAUCUAGGAAGAAUAGUGGAGCUACCAUGGUUUUACAGGUGGAUAACUAUGAGACCCAAGAAUACAACUUCAACAUCAAGGAGUCGGCAGACGCGCAGUUCAACAACAUCCAGUACAUGUACAUAGGACGCAACGAGUCUAUGAAUGAAGGGUUCGUGGGCUGCGUCAGUCGAGUCGAGUUCGACGAUAUAUACCCGCUCAAGUUACUGUUCCAGCAGGACCCACCGCCCAACGUCCGCAGCUUGGGAGGAGGAGUGUUGAGCGAAGACUUCUGCGGCGUGGAGCCCGUGACUCACCCUCCCGAGGCCGUGGAGACACGACCUCCGCCAGACCUAGACCUGCAACAUGAACUGGACCUACACAACACAGAUGAGGCUAUCCUCGGCACGGUUCUGGCGUUCAUAUUCCUGCUACUGAUCAUAGUCGCCAUCGUAUUGGUGCGGGCGCUCUCCAGACAUAAGGGCGAAUAUCUAACACAGGAGGAGCGCGGCGCGGAGGGCGCGGCGGACCCCGACGCGGCCGCGCUGGCCGCCGCCACCGGCCCGCGCGUCACCAAGCGCAGGGAGUUCUUCAUAUAGCGCGCCUACCGCGCCACUCUACUCACUCCACGGGCUUGGACGUACUGGCUCAGGCCAUACUAGUAAACCAUUUAUUGUUUUAACACACACAUUGAAGUUCAUAUGACUUUGUUGCUCUCAGAACUUGAAUCACAGAUUUAUACAAUGAUUUAGACAUGCAUGGCCUGAACCAAGACGGUUACAUAUUUUAUUUGUGUGAAACAGAUAUCCAUUAAAAUAAAACACAUUGCUUCCACCAAAUUCUAAAGCAUAUAAAACAUAAUUAUUAUGAUUAUAUCUUCGAAAAUGCCUUUAUAUAAAUGUAUUUUGCUACAUAUAUGACUUAAAAUAGUAUAUCAAUAUAUUUAUCCUAUUUUCAAAAGCAAAAUACAUGUCAAAAGUGAAUACUAGUACAAGAUAAUGUUGUAAGGACAAUAUUCGAGUAUUACAUUGUCAUUAUAUGACUUAAAAUUAGAAUUAAUUGUUCCAAUACCGUUUCACGCAUUGAUUGACUCACUCUUCUGGGAAUCUGCGACUUUAUUAUCAGAGUGCUUAGUGCGAGUUUUCUUUACAUGAUCGAGAUCUAACCGCGUUUAGCCUUCUGAUUGGUUGGUUAACUAGGAUCAGACCAAUCCGAGCACAGUAUGUCGUGUAGGUAGAGCAUAACUCACUCUAAGCAUUCGGUUUAUCAUUAACGUAAUUACGAACGAAAGGUAUAACAAAAUAAAAUGUACAAGUAAAGUAUAUUCGCAGUGUGAAAUGUUUUACCUAAAACGAAGCAUCAAAAUGUAUUCCACUUAAAGUAAUUGUAUGUUAAAUUCUAAAGUACUUCUCCCAAUAAGUGCCAUCUGGCUACUUGCUUACUGUCUAGAGCUUCAAGCUAAUUGUCUCAAUGAAUCUCCUCUCUCUCUCAAUUUCGUUCAAAGACUGGAUCAUUUCUCUUUGUAUUCAUGUCUUUUGUUGAUAUUAAUCAUGUAUCUCUACGCUAGAAUGAUCAUUUAAUGUAAUGCAUUGCCUUUAUUAUUAAAUGCAUUUUCUUUCUCCUGUUACUAUUAUCAAAUUCAUGGUCCAUAUUGCAAUAAUACAAAAACCAAAAUAUACUCGUAUAUAUUUCACACGACAUUAGAAUAACAUUGAUUCUAUAUGUCACGCAAUAAGGUCGUAAUUGCUUUAAUCACAAGAAAUAUACGAUAAUACAAAUUAGUAUAAGGUUUGUAAUUAGGUUUUUUAUAGUUUUUAUUAUUAUAUAACAUUUGAUUAUAUUGACGUAGAAUUUUAUUUCCCUUAGACUGCUUACUCAUAAGCGAAUAGAAUUAUGAUUAGUUUAAGACAAAAUAUAUACGUUGGCAACAUUUUUUUUAAUUUUAUUUCCGUCCAAAGUGUUUAUUUGCUACUUAAUGAUGAUUUGAUCAUUUUUUUCUUUGUUUUGGUUAGAACGAAUGGUAAUAGUAAUAAAUCAUUUUGGUAACUUGAAACAAUUGCAUAAUUGGCACAAAAUAAAAAUCAUUCGUUUUAAUCAGAAUAUGAACAAAAACUCAAUGAACUAUUUUGUAAUUAACUUGUAAAAGUUAUGGUGUGUAUAAUUAUUAUAUUAUGUACUAUUAUUUUGUAUACAUGAUAUUUAUUUUAAUAUUUUAUAUGAUUUGUGUAUUUAGUGUAUAAGUUUGAUAUCUCCACUGGUAAGCUCGUUUACAAAGUUCCGAAUAGUAUAGAAAAUAUGAAUUAGUGUCAUUGCUUUAUCAUCGUUUACGAAUGUUGGAAGUUAUAUGAGUGAAAUUCGACAUCUGAAUUUCACAUCAACAGGUCCAAAAAUAAACAUUUUAAAUGAAGUUCAAUAAAACUAUUUUUUAUUUAUCGUAAUACCCAGCACGAGUGAUGGCAAUACUUUAUCGUGGCUGCGGGAAAUACGCGCAUUGUAUGUUCUUUUUUAUUUUAAUAUUUGUCUUUUGACUUACUUUGUAGUACAUAUGAUUAAAACCAUAAAAUAAUGAGUAAACAUGAGAAUUGGGGAUAAUUCGCCCAUAGUGUAUUUUCGUAAGUUUGUGAUGGACUGGAGGUAUUUAUGAAGUACAGAUCUAAAGUUGCGGAUUUCAGAUGUCGAAGAUCACGUCUUCUUAGAUAGCGUGUGCUUUGAAAUGUAAUGGAAGUAACGGAGACGAAGAAUUAAUCAUGUUUCUUAUACAAACUUAAAAAAAAAACUCCUUUGUAAAACAAAACAAAGUACUAUAAACUAAUUAAUAAAAGAUCUUGUGUAUAAUUACCAUGAUUACUCUUUAGUUUAGUGACAAAUAUCACUUGAUUGUAAUCAAGAAUUUGAACUUUAUCACGGUGCCAUAAGUGUCAAUUGUUAUAACAUAGAAUGCAGCAAAUGUACCACAGUUUUAAAUUGAACUCUGUGUAGAAAUAUUAAAGUUGAUAAUUGUGCUGAUUUAUCUCAAGUGGUAUUGUCGCGGUAUUGUAAGGUGUUUGUGCCUUAACACUUUUCCGGAGCGGGCACAUAGGGACAUACAUAGCGGUAACUCACUGAUGUGUAGCGUGUUGAUAGUAGAGUUUUUAUUUUACUACUUCGAAUAUCACGAAUAAAUUUUCCAC